UAGUAUUCAGGAGGUGCAGAUUACUUCAGAAAUUUGACCAUGAGGACUCUACGAAACGUAGCAUCAGAAGUGCACGCUUAUUUCGUGCUUUUCAACAGCGUGGAAAUAGCCAGACGGUUGGAGAUAAACUAAUAGGAUUAUGAGGACAACAAACCGAGAGCCAACAGAGACAUUAGACAAAGGAGAGCACCAUUUCCACAAAAACACUCCAUAACGGAGAAAACAAAUCACAACAACUGUUUUGACACUUACAUUGCUGUCUGGUUGUCGCCAUAUAAACAGGACAUACCGAACUGAAACCGGUCCUCCGUGGAUCAGUUGGGAAAGAAAGCUGGAGUGGUCGAAAUUCACUGAUUUACUUCUGUGCAAAUGGGUGAGCAGCCACUAUUCAGCAUGAAGGCACACGUCUUCCAAAUUGACCCGGACACUAAACGAAAUUGGAUUCCGGCCAGCAAACACGCCGUCACAGUCUCCUUCUUCUAUGAUGCUGGCAGGAGUGUGUAUCGCAUCAUCAGCGUAGGGGGCACUAAGGCGAUUAUCAACAGCACCAUUACACCUAAUAUGACCUUCACGAAAACGUCACAGAAGUUUGGCCAGUGGGCGGACAGCAGGGCGAACACAGUGUAUGGCCUUGGGUUUGCCACAGAGCAGCAGCUUCAGCAGUUCUCAGAGCAGUUUAAAGAGUUUAAGGAGGCUGCACGUCUCGUCCGUGAUAAAUCACAGGAGAAGUUUGAGCUGUUGAGUCCUGGCCUAAACAUCUCUGCUCCACAGGCGCUGUCGGUGGACCGUCAGUCUCCUCCGCUGCUUGGUGUCAAUGGCUCUAGUGAGGACAAGUUGUUUCGCAGCAAGAGUGCUGACAUGGAGCAGUGCAUGGAAAAAGAACAGAUGAGGAAGAUGCUUUCCGAGGGGUCGAUAUGUGAGAGGAACUCAGAGGCAGAGCUGUUUUCUCUUCGGGACAGCAACGCUAAGCUUGUAGCCGCUCUUCAUGAAGCUAACAGCAGCAUUGAACAUUGGAAAACACAAUUAGCCGAGUAUCAGGAAGAAACCGAUCGCCUCCGAGAGCAGGUUGCAGAGCUGGAGGCUCAGAGCGGGGUUUCUGCUUCCAGUGAGACGGGGAAUGAGGAGCUCACACAGUCUGUGGCAGAGAUGGAGGCCCUUAUCAAAGCUAAAGAUGAGGAAAUAAAGACUCUGCGGGGCAAGAAACCAGAUUUUAGUGAGCUGGAGAAAGAAAAGGAAGAGGCCAGUCAAAGAAUGCAGGACCUGGAAGUGAAGAACUCUGAGUUGGAGAAACAAGUGCAAACAGCAGAAAGGGCUUUAGCUUCGUCCCAGGAUUCCCGCAACAGGGCAGAGAGUGCUGUGCAGAAGGUCAUUGAAACUUUAGACGUCAAGAUCUACGAUUUGAGCGACCUGCGACAGAACCUAGCCAAGCUCCUGGAGGAUUGACCACUGCAGUUGAACAAACAUUGUAUGGCAAAACCACCAAAAUGAGGUCGAAGAGAACUUGUUCUCUACUGGAAUUUUCCCAAGCUGCACAACUCGACGGUUCGUCAUGGUACUAGGCUGGUAGUAAAAACUAGAGGUGAUAAGUAGCAUGACAAUAAUAUAUUUGCAUUCACAUUCCACAUUUGCUCGCUCAUAGAACGGAGACUGUUUGAUUAAAUUAGUCACGAGGAAAACCAUAAAGAACUGUCCAAAAGACUAGCUUCUUUUAGACCUGUUUUUUGGUACUAGAUAUCAAUAUAGUUGAAAUUGUUGUUGAGAUCUGUGAUUUGGUUGUGACUAGGUUUCUAAAUGAGUAAAAAUUAGAACAGAACGUUCUGUAGAUAUAAGCUACUGUUCAAUGUAUUUACCAGUAUUAUUGUUAGAUACAUAAUUAGAACUGAAGAAUGAAAAUAUCUCAAUGUUUACGGACACCAGCAUGUCUCUGUUAGGACAUUUAAGUGAUUUAAUGGCUUGUUGAACUUACAGUUUCUCUUACAUGCCUCAUAAAGUUUGCUUAAUGCAAUUGACAACAAGAGGAGCAGGGAAAUCAAAG